AUGAAUAUUCACUCUACAAACGUAAGCCUUGUGACCGAAAUAAUUCUCUUGGGAUUUCAGAAUAUACAAAAUUUAAGGAUUUUCUUCUUUCUUCUGCUUCUGGCCAUCUUCUGUGUGACUUUAUGUGGGAACCUCCUGAUCAUCGUUGUGGUGUCCUACAGCCGAUCCCUCCACUCCCCCAUGUACUUCUUCCUCACACAGUUGGCAUUUUCAGACAUUCUUCUCUCCACAUCCAUUGUACCCAACCUGCUCAGCCUGAUAUUGUACGAAGGAAGGUCUGUGUCUUUUGUCGGCUGUUUGACUCAAUUUUAUUUCUUUACGGCUUCAGGUGAACUUGAAUGUCUUCUCCUGGCCGUGAUGUCCUAUGACAGGUACCAGGCCAUCUGUAACCCCCUACAUUAUGCUACAGUCAUGGACCUUGCGUUUUGUCUAAAGGCAAUUGUAGCAUUCUGGAUGAUCAUCUUGGCAAUAGCGUUGAUGUUUUCUAUAACAAUGAGUUAUUUGUGGUUCUGUGGACCCAACGUCAUUGACCAUUUCUUCUGUGAUUUUGAUCCUAUACUUGAACUUUCCUGCUCAGAUACUUUCAUAAUAAAAACUGAAGGCUUGUUUUUGGUUCUGCCUCUAAUAAUUUUCCCCUUUACUCUUAUUAUGAUCUCAUAUAUCAGCAUUAUCGUCACCAUACUGAAGAUGUCCUCUGUUACAAUGAGGUACAAAACUUUCUCCACAAGCGGCUCUCACCUGGCUGUGGUGUCCAUGUAUUAUGGGUCACUUUUUAGCAUGUAUUCAUUUAAAAACUGGGAAAGUGAAAAGAAAAUUCUCUCCUUGCUCUACACUGUUGUAACGCCUCUACUUAACCCUAUGAUAUACAGUUUAAGUAAUAACGAAAUGAAAAAGGUUAUUAAAAUCCUUUUUAGGAAGAUUUCUACAUUUUUUUGUCAACAGGAAAAUACCAUCUGGUCCAUCUAG